AUGUCGACUCGGCCUAUAAUAUCAUACGACGAUAUAACGCUUCCUUACGACCAACCUGAGACUCCCUUGGUUAAUCACCCUUCCUCAUCCUCGCACGCAGGAACGCAACCCCCGUCCAAAAAAAGAAAGAAAAACAACCACAACAAUCAAAAGGCAAAACGAAGACAAGAUGCAAACGCGUCAAGGAAUAAUGGACCGGGUUCUCAGACGCCCGCCUCUCAAAAAUUUAUGAACACCACAACAAAUUCUGUCAAAACUCAACCGCCUCCAGCGGCCAUUCACGAAGAGGGGGGAAUGGAGGGUGAAGAGGGUGAAUAUGAAUGUGGAUAUGAGGAGGAAGAAAGCAGAGAGUUGACACAUGAGGAGAUUUGGGAUGACUCUGCACUGGUGGACGCUUGGGACGCUGCUAUGGAAGAGUACGAAGCGUAUCAUGGGACCGAGCAGGACUGGAAAAAAGAACCAGUCAAAAAGUCACCUUUGUGGUACAACAUCCCUUUCGACCCAUCUAAAAAGCCUGCCGCAAAAGCGUUGUUGAAUGCUGCUGUGGGAACGACGACGGCCACACCUCCCACUGCGCCGUCUGACGGGGCCGAAACUGACUCAAAGCCCAUCGACUUUGACACCUUCGUGCCGACUCAUGAUCCAUCCCUCGAUAUACCUUCUGUGCCAACUCCGACGGCAGGGGAGCUACCUACCAUGCCGUCUGAAGCCAGUUACAUUCCCGACAGCGUUGCUGGCUCGAUUGUUAGUCAAGAUGAAGCAUUUCAGCGCGCGUUGACUGCGAUGUAUUGGGGCGGAUACUGGACAGCAAUGUAUCAUAGUCAACGACAAUUAGCACAGAGUCAGAAAUCAUCAACAACAUCACAGAAAGUAGCCAUUCCUAUGCACAAAGAAGAUAACGACGAGGACGAAGACGAAGACGGGGAUCAAGAAGACGUUGAUGACGGCAGCGCUGAAAUUGAAGUCGACGAAUUCAUCCCCACCCAAAGGUGA